GCUCAUACUUGGCACACCUCAUGCCAGGCGAUGAGGGACAGCCUCAUGCAGUGUUCAGGGUCGCCAUAUUGCGAGAGGAUAUAUUCUCCUCUCUGUAAGGAUAACACCCUAGUAUGUCGUACGAGGAAGCGGUGGCAGCGGCGUUCGCCCUCGGGGUGGCCAUGGCCGUGAUCGCCAAGGCCAUAAGGAAGGCGAACUCCCGCCUGGAGAGCGCCUGGACGAGCAGCCGUAUCGCGUUGAGGAGGAAGCUGCGCACCAUGACCUGCGUGUGGCUCUGGCGGCGCCCGAAGUGCCUGCUGCUCGUCCUUCCUCUCGGGGCUGUCGCCGUCGCCGCCAACACGCCAGCCAUAAAGGGCCUGGUCCUCUACGAGGGGCUGCGGGUAUCUAGUGUCCUCAGGUAUAUGAAAUUCAAUCUCGUCCUGAAGCUGAUCUUGAUCGCGGUGGCAGGGACUUUGGUGGGCGAUGUGAUGAUUAGCGGUGUUUUAAAACAACUGGUAAUCAUAGCUGGACUAUCGCCGUUUAUAGUUUUAAAAAGGCUUUUGAUUUAAUAUUUUUCUACAUACACACACUUAUAUAUACACACAAAUCCCAUACUUUUCUUUUCUCAAUUGGAGGACCAGAGCAAUAAAGGGGAAAAAAGUGAAUCGCAAGUUACAAAGCGAAAGAUUGGAUACAGAUAAAAUCACCAACCAGCGUUUCGAAGUUCGCUUCUGUGUUGUAAAAUUAAAGAGAACACUUAAUGUUGCAACAACCCAUACAAUCUAAGAUGUAUGUAAAAAGGAAAAUGUACACUAAAUAAAAUAUAACCGA